UCUCAAGCAUACGCACAUCACAAGUGGAAAAAGUCUGAGCUCAACAACCAGAUCGAAUAUUGUAAAUCAGUAUAAUAUAACAUACCAGUAAAAUGGCCGAGCAGCAGAAGACAAAUUUUGCUUCCGAUUCAAAAUCGCGAAAAUUAAAGUUUGCCGGCAUUUGCCGUAUGAACAACGAGGAGCUGUCGAGUCUCUACAGGAUCGAUCAGCUGACCGACGAGGAACUGGCCUCCGUGGGCCUGGAGAGGAGUUCCCUGAUCGAUGACUAUCGUCUGCUGCAUGAGCUUUCGCUGAUGAAGCAAAAGGAGAAUGAAGUCACCAAGAGCCGCGCUCAAACGUGGAAAAGAAACCCCGUGGUGUUGGGUGAGCGAUUCAUAAAACAGAUGCAGGAGUACAUUCCCGAAACAAAGUACCAAUUUCCGAUGCUCAGCCAUCUGAUCAGGCUGAUGAGUUUGGAGAAGGAGCCGGAAACCAUUUUCAGCGAGCAGGACUUGGGGAUCGAUGCGAAUUACCAAGAAGAUGCGAAGGUCCAGCAGCUGCUGCCCAAAGAGCGUCUGGAUCGUCGCCUUGAGUCUUUCUACGAUCAUCUGGAAAACAUGUUCCUCCACGGCGAUCGCAAAGCGGCCACCGACCUGGUGUUUAACGCCAUCGUCCGUUUGGUGGACCGCCGAACUGUUUUGGAAUCUGCAACCAAUAAACACCAUUAACCAGUUUAUUGUACUUAAAAGCCAUUUUAAAUGAACUUUCGAUUCCUCCAUGCUUUGUA